CUUUUUUUUUUUUUUAAUGAUAAACAGUUAUUUCUUGAUAAAAAAAAAAAAAAACACUGCUUUAAAUGGUUACUCCAAGCAUCAUAAGCGCUAUAGCUGGAUGAUAACUCAUGUAUGGAUGCAAAAUUGUAUUAACGAAUUUGUUAAUCUUAUUGGCUCCGUAUUAGAAGAAGCCAUGAACCACUGCAAUUGGAAGAAUUACAAAUAAACCACACAGUUUUAUCAAGAUAAAAAAAAUAAAACAAACAUACAAUAUUGUAAUUUGUACAUGAAAAUGCAUUCCCUCAAUUUUUCUUUCAUCCUGAUGAAUGUUUUUAAUUAGAUGAUUCUUACCUCAACUGACGAACAUCUGAAAGGUUUCUCAAAACCACUCAAUGUUACAUAGUGUAAUCCUGUAUAUCACGUGGUAAUCAUAAAAAAUGACACUAGAAGAGAACAGGAAAUUAUAAAUUGAACUAGGACUUUUUUCUUUUUUUUGUUCUCCUGAAUUUUGGACCUCCUUAAGGACUGGAGCCAUGCAUUCCAUUCGCUCAUGCUGCCGAUUAUUCCACCAUAGAACAACAGUUUGGAUUCCACCUGUGGCGUUUAUAAUAGCCUUUCUGAUAUACCUCUCCUUCUUCACAAACUCUUCAAACCCUGUUGAUCGGGUCGGGGAACUAGAUUACAAUAGUUGCAUGUGUGGCCGCUGUAGGCCAGAGAAACCAAGAACUGAAUGGUAUAAUGAGCACUUCAAUCAAUCAAUAGAGCCUCUACUUACGAGGAAAGACCAGGAGAUACCAGAGCAUGUUCAUAAAUGGUGGUUGAAACUUCAAGGAUCAAAUAAUGCCAGUUCCAUUACUGAAGUCCUGGAACAGAUGUUUAGGGUUAUACCUACUGGCAACCCAUAUGCAGAAAAAAACAAUCGACCGUGCCGGACCUGUGCGGUGGUGGGAAAUUCAGGGAACCUCAAAGGAUCUGGUCAAGGAAAUCUGAUCGAUUCCCAUGGCUUAAUUUUCAGAAUGAAUGGUGCCCGUACUUCUGGUUUUGAAGAGGAUGUUGGUUCGAGAACAACUCAUCAUUUUAUGUAUCCAGAGAGCGCGGUACACCUACAGCAUGGAGUCCAUCUUGUGCUGAUCCCAUUCAAACUACUGGACUUAAAAUGGAUUACUAGUGCCCUUACAACAGGAGAGAUCAAAUCCACAUAUACAAGGGUGAAGCAAUUUAUCAAAGCUGACAAAGAUAAGGUAUUGAUAUUUAAUCCUGCUUUCUUUAAAUAUAUUCACGAUAACUGGACCAAUCAUCACGGGAAAUAUCCUUCUACCGGAAUGCUGGCGGUAUUCUUUGCUCUACAUAUUUGUGACGAGAUAUCCGUGUUUGGAUUUGGCGCAGACAAACACGGAAACUGGCAUCACUAUUGGGAGAAAAACCGAUUUGCUGGAGCUUUUCGAUUCACAGGGGUCCACAACGCAGAGUUUGAAUCAAUGCUCAUAACAAAAUUAGACAAAGAAGGAAAACUGAAAUUUUACAAAUAAAUCACGUCACUGUACAUUUCAAAAACCAAAACAAUGCACUGUAAACAGUUAAUUUUUUUAAUACUUUGAUAAUAAAAGUGAUAUAAAUAUAGUCUUGAA